ACCACCUACACCGCCGCCAUGUCGGCAGCUCAGCUACUGAAUCCCAAAGCAGAGUCGCGCCGUCGCGGAGAAGCGUUGCGCGUCAACAUUUCCGCUGGUGAAGGACUCCAAGAUGUGCUCGCUAGCAACCUGGGCCCUACUGGCACCCUCAAAAUGCUGGUCGAUGGCUCCGGGCAGAUCAAACUUACCAAGGACGGUAGCGUGCUGUUGAAGGAGAUGCAGAUUCAAAACCCCACCGCCGUCAUGAUUGCACGAGCUGCCACCGCGCAAGAUGAAAUCUGCGGAGACGGGACAACGAGCGUGGUCCUGAUGGUCGGCGAGCUGUUGAAGCAGGCGGAUCGAUACAUUGCCGAGGGAUUGCACCCCCGAGUCAUCACGGAUGGGUAUGAUGUGGCCAAGAACGAGACGCUGAGGUUCCUAGACGAAUUCAAGCUGCCCAAAGAGGUGGACCGAGAAUUGCUGCUGAAUGUUGCCCGGACGAGUUUGAGCACCAAGAUCAAUAAGACUCUAGCGGAACAGCUCACGCCGGACAUUGUCGAUGCCGUGCUGGCCAUCUACCAGGCACCUGCGAAGCCCGAUUUGCACAUGAUUGAAAUCAUGACUAUGCAGCACCGUACUGCUGCGGACACACAACUCAUCCGGGGACUGGCACUCGAUCACGGCGCGAGACAUCCUGACAUGCCUAAGGACGUCCGAAACGCAUACAUCUUGACGCUGAACGUCAGCUUGGAAUACGAAAAGAGCGAGAUCAACAGUGGAUUCUACUACAACAGCGCUGAGCAGAGAGAAAAGCUGGUCGAGAGUGAGCGAAGGUUCGUGGACGACAAGUUGAGAAAGAUUGUGGAUCUCAAGAAAGAGGUGUGCGGGACAGAUCCGAAGAAGGGCUUCGUGAUCAUCAACCAGAAGGGUAUUGACCCGCUCUCUUUGGAUGUGUUGGUCAAGAAUGGCAUCUUUGCGUUGCGAAGAGCGAAGAGAAGAAACAUGGAGAGACUGCAGUUGAUCUGUGGCGGUACGGCGCAGAACAGCGUGGACGACCUGACACCGGACGUACUGGGCUGGGCAGGCCACGUCUAUGAGCACCAGCUGGGCGAGGAGAAGUACACAUUCAUUGAGGAGGUCAAGGAGGCCAAGUCUGUCACAAUCCUGAUCAAGGGACCAAACGCACACACCAUCACGCAGAUCAAGGAUGCAGUAAGAGACGGCCUGCGAUCAGUGUACAACAUGAUCGUGGAUGGUAGUGUCGUGCCCGGAGGUGGUGCAUUUCAAGUUGCUGCCGCGCGGAGACUCACAUCAGAUGAGUUCGGCAAGCAAGUCAAGGGCAAGGCGAAGUGGGGCGUUGCGGCUUUCGCAGAUGCUCUUCUCGUCAUUCCCAAAACCCUGGCAGCAAACAGCGGGCACGACAUUCAGGAUUGCAUCGCUACACUUCAAGACGAACACGCAGACGGCCACGUCGCUGGCCUUGACCUGACACUUGGCGAGCCCAUGGACCCAGAACAACAAGGUGUCUUCGAUAGCUUCCGAGUACUACGAAACAGCAUUGCCAGCUCGACUGGCAUCGCGUCGAAUCUUCUGCUCUGCGACGAAAUGCUCAAGGCGCGGCAAAUGGGCAAGUCAGGGCCACCAGGAGGCGGUGGCGAAGAGGAAUGAGCGAAAGCAGCAUGAAGUUGACGAGAGAAGAGCCAGACGACGAAGAAGAGUCACGAUCUGCCAGAACAUUGUGUUCAAGCACUAGAAAGAAUUGUAGGCAACCUCUGUGUGAUGGCCUAGAACUGCCAGUGCCGCAGGAAGGCUCGCUCGUUCUAUAUGCUUGGCACAGAACGCGGCUCAUGUGCAGACACGAUCGUACUC